GGUGUGGGUUGGCUAGUGGGGUGUUUGUGGCGUUUGUUGGACUCAGUGUAUCUCCCGUCGUCUGGCUUUGAGGGGUUACAGCCGUUUCGGCAGAUAUAGCAUGUUGGGGUGUGUGUGUGUGUGUGUGUGUGUGUGUGUGACGUUGUCCUGCCCUCAAAGAUGCAGCUUAUUUCUAUUGGAUGAUGUUGGAGUCUUCAGACCUUCUGCUGGUGACGUCUAACUUAGGCACCACUUUUUUGUGUGUUUAAUCAUUAUUUUAGGUGUGAAAGGUGUGGUUUUUUGAUAUUUUUUUAAUGCUAGAUCCCACCCUGAUGGGCAAGGUGCGCUUUGUCCUAAUUUGAUGCAAUUUGGUUCAGCGGUUACGGUGAAAGGUUGUUACAUCCGCGCUCGCAAUGCCUACAUUUUUAUAUAUACAGUGGUGCCUCACAAGACGAAAUUAAUUCGUUCCGCGAGUCGCUUCGUCUUGCGAUAAUUUCAUCUUGCGAAGCGCGGUUUGCCACGGCAAAACCAAACAAACAAAACACCCGCCAAAAAAAAUCCGUCUUGCGAAGCGCGGCCAUAGAAAACUUCGUCUUGCGAGUCACCAAAAGCAUCGCAAAACGCUUUCGUCUCACGAGUUUUUUGUUGCACGAGGCAUUCGUUUGUGAGGUACCACUGUAUAGAUAAAGCUUUACAGUUUGUCUGCUUAAGUGCGUGCAGUGACCAACCUCAGGAUUCUGGAAUCCCCUUGUGCAUGGAAUUCAUGCUAAUUUGAAUGUUUAGGACCAGCGUCGUAAGAAACCAGCACAUCCUUCUGAGAUCUCAGAGAGACUUGCAGAGUGUGGGCUGCUUUUACGCUGUGAGCAACGUGUAAGUGAACGGUCUGGGAAAUGGGGGGUGCAUUGGUCCCAAUGUUCCAGGGCUUUAAGGGGUGGGUGGGUGGAUGGGGCUGCUUUGAUCUUGGAGUGGGAUAAGGCAGCUGGAAGCUAGCCCUCCUUUUCCCCAUUAGAUUGUGUGUAGGUUGAACUGAGGAGUUCAGGUUGCAGUGGCUAGGAGCCUUUUUUUCAAAUAAAAAAAUGAAUUGCUUUGGUGCAGCCCCAGUCGCCCCCCCCCACCUCAUGGGUUCUGGGACUGUGGGUGGUGGCUAAAAAUGGGGCUGGUGGUAAAUGGUAAAAAGAUAAAGGACCCCCGGACGGUUAAGUCCAGUCAAAGGCAACUAUGGGGUUGUGGCGCUCAUCUCACUUUCAGGCUAAGGGUGCCGGCAUUUGUCCACAAACAGCUUUCUGGGUCAUGUGUCCAGCAGGACUGAACUGCUUGUGGCGCAACGGACACCAUGACGGAAACCAGAGUGCAUGGAACGCCAUUUACCUUUUCGCCACAGCGGUACCUAUUUAUCUACUUGUGUUGGGGUGCUUUCAAACUGCUAGGUUGACAGGAGCUGGGACACAGCAAUGGGAGCUCACCACCAUCAAGCGAAUUUAAACCCCCGACCUUCCAAUCAGCAAGCCCAAGAGCAGGCAUCCCCAAACUGCGGCCCUCCAGAUGUUUUGGCUUACAACUCCCAUGAUCCCUAGCUAAGAGGACCAGUGGUCAGGGAUGAUGGGAAUUGUAGUCCAAAACAUCUGGAGGGCCGACGUUUGGGGAUGCCUGCCCAAGAGGCUUGGUGGUUUAGACCGCAGCACCACUCGCUCCCCUUAUUGGGUGGUGGCGGCAGCAACUGGCGGAGACUUAAGACUCAACUGGCAGCACUGCAGGGCCUCCCCCUUCUCCACACAGCCUUCUCUAACUGAACAAACUGGAAGAUUUGCUGUUAAGGUUCCAUUCCUCUUAAGAGUACAGUAACAUAUCUACAGAAAGGAGGGAGGAGGGGCCAUGGAAAUGAGGGUGGUGCAAGGGGAGUUUGAAAAAAUAAAGGAGGAAAAAAGGGGGUGAAAGUGAAAAGGAGGGAGUGCCAAAGGGGGCUGCAAAAAGGAGGCAAGGGACUGAGGAUGAAGGUUCAGGCAGUUACUAUGAGGGAGGUCUGUGCAUAAGUGGGGUUGCAGAAAAGGAGGCAGAAAAGCUAUGGACGGGAGGGUAAAGAUUAAAACUGGCGCAAAAUGGGAAUGCAGAAUGGGGGGGGGGAUUAUGUCUCUAAGGAACAGAAAAUCCAGCAAUUAAAGUGUCUUUUGAAGGGGGGUGGGGGUCAGGCAGUGUGUUGGCAAACAGUGGGGUAAACUGAACUUUCCUUGAAAAGUCCUUUCACCCCGAUGCUACAUUUGCCAAACUAGCUGGCUUAUUAAAGGUAGGUAGCCGUGUUGAUCUGAGUCGAAGCAAAAUAAAAAAAAUUCCUUCAGUAGCACCUUGAAGACCAACUAAGUUUUUAUUUUGGUAUGAGCUUUCAUGUGCAUGCACACUGCUGAAGAAGUGUGCAUGCACACGAAAGCUCAUACCAAAAUAAAAACUUAGUUGGUCUUUAAGGUGCUAGCUGGCUAAUGGCAGCCCUUAGCCAAGAAAUCAUGCGCUGUCCUUUGCACAAAAGAACUCUCCAUAAAACAGUAGCAGAUAAGGUAGAUCUUCAGAUCCCUGCCUGAGGGGCAAAAGGUUGCAUUGACAUCAAGGGAAAGCUAUAGGAGAAAUUGCAAGGCUGCUUUGAGAGAGAGAACUGUACAUACUUGAGCCUAACAACUUGAAUGAGUUAGAGUAGGAACAAACUGUUCCAGACCCUCCCAAGUGUCCCUAUUUUCCAAUGACAUUACCAGAUUUACAGAAGCCGUCCCGGUUUCUGAUAUGAUUCUGCUUUUCCUUAGCACAUCCCUAUUUCCAUCGGAGAAAUAUUGCAGGGUAUGGAGUUACUCGACCUUUGAGCCAAGGUGAUAAGUAAAUAUACAACCUUUAGAAGGCAUCUGAAGGCAGCCCUGUAUAGGGAAGUUUUUAAAAUGUUUAUUUAUAAAUGAGAAAAGUUGUUGUUGUUGUUGUUGAAUAGGAUGUCCGUAUUUUUAUCAGAUAAAUGUUUGAGGGUACGGUAUGUUGUUCUAAACACUUAAGAUUUGGCUACAUGUUAAUCAGUUAAUCCUCCAGAGAUUUUUUUCUUAACCCCCCCCCCCCCCCGCUUGGGUUAAGCUGCCUGUGAAUGGAAAAGGCUUUACCUCAGGUAACAACAACAACAACAACAACAACAACAACAACAACAACAACAACGUAGUAGUAGUAGUAGUUUAGUCGUGUCCGACUCUUCAUGACCUCAUAGCACACCAGGCACUCCUGUCUUCCACUGCCUCCCACAGUUUGGUCAAAUUCAUUUUAGUAGCUUCGAGAACACUGUCCAACCAUCUCGUCCUCUGUCGUCCCCUUCUCUUUGUGCCCUCAAUCUUUCCCAACAUCAGGGUCUUUUCCAGGGAGGCUUCUCUAUAUCGACGUUUGCACAGAGUUCAAAGCUAUUUGCCCUGCUUCUGGACUUUAGAGGGGAAAAGAGGGAGAAAGAUCGAGACUGGGCUGGAGGAGUUGAAAUGGCAACAGCCCUGGUCUUCUGCCUACGUCUCUGUCUCCAGCUGCUAGCCCUUCCCAUAUACAUGCUCUCGUACUUGGGAGUAUGGCAGCCUUACUGCAAGAAGAUCUUCCCGGCCUUCAUGGAGAAGUUUGCAGCCAGUUACAACAAGAAGAUGUCAAGGCAGAAACAAGAGCUGUUCCGCAACUUGUUGGAGUUUGCAGGCUCCUCGGGGCAGCUGCGGCUGCUGGAGAUAGGAACUGGCACGGGCUCCAACUUCCAGUUCUUUCCGGCCAACUGCAGGGUCACCUGUACAGACCCCAACCCCCACUUUCAACGGAGUCUAGCCAAAAGCAUGGCCCAGAACCAGCACCUUCAGUUUGACAGCUUUUUGGUGACCCCUGCGGAGAAUCUGCACGAGGUGGCCGAUUCUUCCGUCGAUGUCGUCGUUUCCACUUUGGUCCUCUGCUCCGUGCGGGACAUGCAAAGUGUUCUGAGCGAAGUCUGCAGGGUCCUCAAGCCAGGUGGAGCAUUUUAUUUCUUGGAACAUGUGGCUGCAGACCAUUCAAGCUGGUGCUACUUUUGGCAGCAAGUUCUCUUCCCAACAUGGAAACUUCUCUUUGACGGAUGCUGCUUAACAAGAGAGAUCUGGAGUGAUCUUGACAAAGCAAAUUUCUCAGAUGUAAAGCUGCAACAUAUAUGUGUCCCCUUACACUGGACACCGAUUCAGCCACAUAUCAUUGGUUAUGCUGUAAAGUAAUUUUCAAUGCACCAGUGCAAUCCAAUCAGAUGAAUGUUUACAGAAAAAUAUGUUCCACUGAGUUCAGCUCCUGUGUCGGACUGCAAUACAGUAGUAUGCUCAAUUACUUGGGAGAAAG